AUGUCCAUAAAAUAUGGAAUAAGCAGACAAAAACAAGAUAACACAGAAGCUUAUGACGAACUAGAGGAAAAUCUUUAUGUGGAUAACGUCUUACUAACCGCUGAUGAUUCUGAAUCGCUUGUCAGAAAACAGUUUAUGACUAAUGACGCAGCACGCAACAGGUUGAUCGAACCAACAAGAUCUAUACAAGGGAAAGAACGUAAAAAUUCUGGGAAUACCAUGGAAUCCGCAAAACGAUACCUUCUCCAUAAAGUGCAAAUUACGGUAUGA